AUACGCUGCGUAGCAGCUAGAAGAGCUUACAGUAAGGAUUUCUAGGAUCACGCAGAAGCAAACAAUCCCUAGCUCUUAAAAUGACACACAUAUUGCUUGCAGAGAACAAUUAUUAAAGAGAUGUCCCAGCGCUGGGAGCUGGCUGGGAAAGCUCCAGCCCCACACAGCUGCAAUUGAUCUCCUUCGUCGCCCCCCCCCCCCCAUCAUGUGAUGGUCCUGCCCCAGUGAUUUAAGCUGCGGGAGCUCGACGCUGAGUCACUGUGUUUGUGGAGUGGGGGCUCGGGGGCAUCGUGCUUGGUGGGGCUGGUGUCUGCAGCAUGGAGCAAGGACUGGUGGUUACUCAGCUGGACAUCCAGCCUGGAGAGUGCAUCAAGGUCAAAGGGAAGAUCCUGUCUGAUGCCAAAGGGUUUGCUGUGAAUGUGGGGAAGGACAGCAGCACCCUCCUGCUGCAUUUCAACCCUCGCUUCGACUGUCAUGGGGACGUCAACACCAUCGUGUGCAAUUCGAAGCAGGAUGGCACGUGGGGUGAGGAGGACAGGAAGGCUGACUUUCCCUUCCAGCAUGGAGACAAGACUGAGAUUUGCAUCUCCUUCAAUGAAACGGAGGCAACGGUGAAGCUGCCUGAUGCUGAGUUCCAGUUCCCUAAUCGGCUGGGCAUGGAGAAAAUCGAAUACCUGGCUGUAGAGGGAGACUUCAAAGUCAAAGCCAUUAAGUUCAGUGAUCAGCUAUAGCUUGGUUGGUUUGUUUUUUCUCCCCCCCUGCAUAGUGAAAUAAACCCAAACUUGCAAUGGC